GCAGCGGCACCCGAUGCUGGAGCCGCAGCACCGGCUGCAGCACCAGCAGCAACACCGGCCGCAGCACCUGCAGCAGCACCGGCACCGGCAGCGGCACCAGCAGCAGCACCAGCAGCAGCAGCACCGCCGACACCACCACCGGCCCCUCCGGCUGCACAACCACCUCCGGCACCGCCGGCCCCAGCUCCGCCUGCACAACCACCUCCGGCACCAGCACCUGCACCAGCGCCGCCUCCACCUCCAGCCGGUUCGUUCUUUUUAGUUUCAUCCACCGGACCAUUUUAUAUGCUACUGUAA